AUGUUUUUUUUUGUUGCUAUUAUUGUCAUAUUCAGGUUACACUCAGAGGACACACUCAGAGGACACACUCAGAGGACACACUCAAGGAUCAUACUCAAAGGUCACACUCAGAGGACACACUCAGAGGUCACACUCAGAGGACACACUCAAGAUCAUCCUCAAGGACACUCAGGACACACUCGAGACACCUCAGAGGACCUCAGAGACACACUCAAGGUCCUCAAGGUCCUCAGGACACCUCAGAGGACACCUCAAGACCCACUCAGGAGUCUCUCAGGGUCAGAGAGAUCAAACUCAGGGUCAUACUCAAGGGUCACUCAGGAUCACAGUCAGGGACACACUCAGGAUCCUGAUCAGGACACUCAAGGUUCUAGUCAGGGACACUCAGGUCACAAGGACACACUCAAGGGUCUGAACCCAGAGGACCUCAGGAUCACAGCCAGAGACACACUCAGGAUCACAGUCAGGACACACUCAGGUCACGUGAGACACACUCAAGGUCACAGUCAGAGACACACUCAAGGAUCACAGUCAGAGGACCUCAAGGUCACAGUCAGAGGACACCUCAGGUCUGGACAGAGACACACUCAAGGAUCAGACAGAGGACACACUCGAGGAUCACAGUCAGAGACACACUCAGGAUCCAGUGGGGCACUCAAGGAUGCAGUCAGAGGACACCUCAAGGAUCCUGAUCAGAGCACACUCAGGAUCACAGUCAGAGGACACUCAGGGUCACAGUCAGGGACACACUCAGGAUCACGUCAGGACUGCUCAGGGAUCACAGUCCAGAGGACACCUCAAGGAUCACAGUCAGACACACUCAAGGUCACAGACAGAGGACACUCAGGAUCACAGUCAGAGGACACACUCAGGAUCACGUCAGAGGACCUCAGGAUCACAGUCAGAGGACACACUCAAGGAUCACAGUCAGAGGACACACUCAGGAUCACAGUCAGAGGACACUCAGGGUCACAGUCAGGACACACUCAAGGAUCACAGUCAGGACACACUCAGGAUCUGAACAGAGGACACAUUCAAGGGAUCACAGUCAGGACACACUCAAGGAUCAGAUCAGAGGACACACUCAAGGAUCACAGUCAGAUGAACACUCAGGAUCACAAGGACACACUCAGGAUCUGGUCAGAGGACACACUCAAGGAUCACAGUCAGAGGACACUCAAGGAUCCUGAUCAGAGGACACCUCAGGAUCACAGUCAGAGACAACCUCAAGGAUCCAGUCAGAUGACACCUCAAGGAUCACAGUCAGAGGACACUCAGGGACACCUCAGGAUCGGUCAGGACACACUCAAGGGUCACAGUCAGAGGACACACUCAGGAUCUGAGAGUCAGAGACCUCAAGGGUCAGAUCAGAGGACACACUCAAGAUCACAGUCAGAGGACACACUCAAGGAUCACAGUCAGAGGACACACUCCAGGGAUCACAGUCAGAGGACACCUCAAGGGUGCAGUGAAGGACACUCAAGGGAUCGGUCAGAGGACACACUCAGGAUCCUGUCCAGGGACACCUCAAGGAUCAGUGGGAGGGCCUCCAGGAUCACAGUCAGAGGACACCUCAGGGUUACAGUCAGAGGACACACUCAGGUCCAGAUCAGAGGACACACUCAAGGAUCACAGUCAGAGGACACUCGGGAUCACAGUCAGAGGACACACUCAAGGUCACAGUCAGAGGACACUCAAGGUCAGGACAGAGGGACACUCAGGAUCACAGUCAGAGGACACACUCAGGGUCACAGUCAGAGGACACACUCAAGGGUCACAGUCAGGACACCUCAAGGAUCACAGUCAGAGGACACACUCAAGGAUCAGUCAGGACACCAGGAUCCAGAGGCCUCAGGAUCACAGUCAGGAUCUCAGGGGUCACAGUCAGAGGACACUCAGGAUCUGGUCAGAGGACACACCAAGGUCACAUCAGAGGACACACUCAGUGGUCAGGGAACACUCAAGGAUCACAGUCAGAGGACACACUCAAGGAUCACAGUCAGAGGACACACUCAGGAUCCUGGACAGAGACACCUCAGAGGUCAGUCAGAGAACACACUCAAGGAUCACAGUCAGAGGACACCUCAAGGAUCACAGACAGAGGACACCUCAAGGUCUGACAGACUCAGGGUGAUAGACACUCAAGGUCACAGUCAGAGGACACACUCAAGGAUCAGGUCAGAGGACACUCAGGGAUCGUCAGAGACACACUCAAGGAUCACAGUCAGAGGACACACUCAAGGGUCACAGUCAGAGGACACACUCAGGGUCAGAUCAGAGGACACACUCAGGAUCACAGUCAGAGGACACAUAAGGGCCACAGACAGGACACACUCAGGAUCAGGUGAGGACACACUCAAGGAUCACAGACAGAGGACACACUCAGGGUCAGUCAGAGGACACACUCAAGGGUCACAGUCAGAGGACACACUCAAGGGUCAAGACAGAGGACACCUCAAGGAUCCUGAUCAGAGGACACACUCAGGGUCACAGACAGAGGACACACUCAAGGAUCUGAUCAGAGGACCUCAAGAGGACACACUCAGGAUCACAGACAGAGGAUACACUCAGGGUCACAGUCAGAGGACACACCUCAGGAUCACAGUCAGAGGACACACUCAAGGAUCACAGUCAGGACACACUCAAGGGGUCACAGUCAGAGGACACCUCAAGUCGGUCAGAGGACACACUCAAGGAUCUGAUCAGAGACACACUCAAGGUCACAGUCAGGACACACUCAAGUCACAGUCAGGUCCUCAAGGGUCACAGUCAGAGGACACCUCAGGAUCUGAUCCAGGACACACUCAGGGUCACAGCCAGACGACACACUCAAAGGGCAUCAGAGGACCACUCAAGAAGUCAGAGGACACCUCAGGGUCAGAUCAGAGGACUCCUCAAGGGUCAAGUCAGGAGGCACUCAAGGGUCACAGUCAGUGGGACACACUCAGGAUCACAGUCAGAGGACACACUCAAGGUCUGAUCAGGAGGACACUCAAGGUCACAGUCAGUGGAACACCUCAGGAUCCGAGACAGGACACACUCAGGGUCAGAUCAGAGGACACCAAGGUCAGAUCAGUGGACACACUCCAAGGAUCAGAGUCAGAGGACCACUCAAGGAUCAGAGACACUCGUCACAGUCAGUGGACACACUCAGGAUCACAGAUCAGAGGACACACUCAAGGUCACAGUCAGUGGACACACUCAAGGAUCACAGACAGAGGACACACUCAGGAGUCAGACCAGGUAGAGGACACCUCAAGGGUCACAGUCGGCAGGUCAGUGCACUCAAGGUCAUCAGAGGACCUCAGGGUCAGACACAUAGGGUCAGCAGAGACCUCAAGGGUCACAUCAGGACACACUCAAGGGUCAGAUCAGAGGACACACUCAGGAUCACAGUCAGAGGACACACUCAAGGGUCACAGUCAGAGACCUCAAGGUCCUGAUCAGAGGACUCCUCAAGGGUCAGAUCAGAGGACACUCAAGGAUCAGAUCAGAGGACACAAAGGAUCUGGACAGAGGACACCUCCAAGGGUCACAGUCAGGAACUCAAGGGGUCACAGUCAGAGGACACACUCAAGGGUGCAGUCAGAGAGGACACCUCAGGGUCACAGUCAGAGACACAUAGGAUCACAGUCAGGACACUCCAGGAUCCUGUCAGAGGACACUCAGGAUCAAGUCAGAGGACACACUCAGGAUCACAGUCAGGACACACUCAAGGGUCACAGAUCAGAGGACACCUCAGGAUCAGCAGGACCUCAAGGGUCGAUCAGAGGACACUCAGGGUCUGGUCAGAGGACACACUCAAGGGCGAUCGGAGACACACUCAAGGAUCACAGUCAGAGGGACACACUCAAGGGUCACAGUCAGAGGACACCUCAGGGUCACAGUCAGGACACACUCAGGAUCACAGUCAGAGGACACACUCCAGGAUCACAGUCAGAGGACACACUCAGGAUCACAGUCAGGGACACUCAAGGAUCACAGUCAGAGACCUCAGGGUCUAAGGACACACUCAAGGAUCCAGUCAGAGGACACACUCAAGGGUCACAGUCAGAGGACACUCAAGGGGACACACUCAGGAUCACAGUCAGAGGACACACUCAGGUCACAGUCAGAGGACACACUCAAGGAUCUGAGCCAGAGACACCUCAGGGUCACAGUCAGAGACACCUCAAGGAUCACAGACAGAGGACACACUCAGGGUCACAGUCAGAGGACACACUCAAGGUCACAGUCAGAGGACACACUCAAGGAUCACAGACAGAGGACACACUCAAGGGGUCACAGUCAGAGACACCUCAGGAUCAGGACAGGACACACUCAAGGUCACAGUCAGGACACACUCAAGGGUCAGGUCAGAGGACACACUCAGGAUCACAGUCAGAGGACACCUCAAGGGUCAGUCAGGACAUCAAGGGUCACAGUCAGGACACACUCAAGGGUCACAGCUCAGGAUCACAGUCAGAGGACACACUCAAGGAUCACAGUCAGAGACACACUCAAGGAUCAGUCAGACUCAAGGGUCAGAGGACACCUCAAGGUCAGAUCAGAGGACACACUCAAGGGUCACAGUCAGGACACACUCAGGGUCAGAAUGAGGACACACUCAAGGGUCACAGCGAGGACACACUCAAGGAUCACAGUCAGAGGACACACUCAGGAUCACAGUCAGAGCACCUCAAGGGUCACACUCAGGCGGACACACUCAAGGGUCACAGACAGGACACACUCAGGAUCACAGUCAGAGACACACUCAAGGAUCACAGUCAGAGGACACUCAGGGUCACAGUCAGGACACCUCAAGGUUACAGUCAGAGGACACACUCAGGUCACAGACAGAGAACUCAAGGAUACAGGCCUCAAGGGUCACAGUCAGAGGACACACUCAAGGAUCACAGUCAGAGGACACACUCAAGGAUCACAGUCAGAGGACACUCAAGGGUGCAGUCAGGGACACACUCAGGAUCAUCAGGACACCUCAAGAUCAGAGUCAGAGGACACACUCAGGUCACAGUCAGAGACACACUCAGGGUCACAGUGAGACCUCAAGGGUCACAGUCAGAGGACACACUCAGGAUCAGAUCAAGGGACACCAGGGUCAGAGGACACACUCAAGGGUCACAGUCAGAGGACCUCAGGAUCCAGUCAGAGGACACACUCAAGGAUCACAGUCAGAGGACACACUCAAGGGUCAGAUCCAGAGGACACACUCAAGGAUCACAGUCAGAGGACACUCAAGGGUCACAGUCAGUGGACAUUCAAGGGUCAGGUCAGAGGACCUCAAG